CCACGAGAGCGUUGUCUCGUGCCGCACUGCGAAUCACGUUUAUUUGCAUAUUAAAUGAUGAAUUAAAAAACAACUCUCCUUGCUUUAAAUAAAAAAUAGGGAGCUGAAGUAUUAAAUAUCUUAAAAUGACAUUAAUCUGUCGCAUACCAUUACAGAAUUCUCAGUACUGCCUACGUACGAUGCCCACGAUACCCGAUAAGACUGCUUGCAUCUUUAAUGAAUGCACAAGAAACAUUCUCAGUUGAAUCGUUCGUCUCACGUUUAAUUUUUAAAUAAAUCAGCACUAAUAUCGAUAAGAUUAGAAUGUACAGGCAUGAUUAGAUCGAGUACUCACUGUAAAUAUGAAUAAAUAGUUCGAAUCACCCGGUGAUCGUACAGUUCUUCCGAACGAGUGCUAUAAUUUUUCGAUUCCACGAUGUAUUUUCUAACGCAAAUACUUUUAAUGUGUUUGUCGGUUUCCUAUUUUGCGAUCGGUGGUCCGGAAGAAGAGCACGGUGUAAAAUAUGCAAGCAAAUGCGAAGUUUGCAAAGUAGUUGCCACUGAGUUGGAAGCUAAAUUAGACGAAACUGGUAAAACGCAUGAUGUCCUCGAAAUUGGCUAUUCCGUCGACGACGUCUCACCCAAGAGGAAAAAGGAGUACAAGAAAUCAGAAUUGCGUUUAGUCGAGAGUAUGGAAGACGUUUGUGAACGGAUACUGGAAUAUAACAUUCAUAAGGAACGUACAGACAGCACAAGAUUUGCCAAAGGAAUGAGCCAAACGUUUAAAACACUGCAUACUCUGGUGCAAAAAGGUGUUACAGUAGACUUGGGGAUGCCUUAUGAAUUAUGGGACAAACCUUCUGUCGAGAUCACAACUUUAAAGUCUCAGUGUGAGGAUUUACUGGAAAACCAUGAGUCUGAUAUAGAAGAUUGGUACCAUAAUCAUCAAGGAAAGAUCCCUUUAAUCAGGUAUUUGUGCUCAGAAAGAGCUUUGAAGGGGGGCGAUGACUCUUGCCUCAAAGAGAAAGGCGAAACUGGCAGUGAUGCAAAAGAAAAGAAAAAGAGAAAAAAGAAAAAGCAAAGUGACGAUGUUGAACGGAAGAAUGUAAAGGAAGAUCUUUAAUCUAUUAAAAACAUGUAAAAAAUUCUCUGCUCUUUAUAUCGAAUCCUUUUUAAUUUUGUAUACAUCUAGUCUGUAAAUAAUACGAAUACAAACACUGUCAAUUUGCUUA